AUGCUCCACGAGAUCCUCCUCUCCCUCUUCGGCCAGCCGUCCCCCCUCUUCAAUGCGGGAAAGGGCAAAGAUGCCGUGGCUCAAGACGAUUUCCCCCUUCUCUCACCUCCGGAAAAAGCCCUCCUCGCAUCAGUUGCCCAUCUGAGCCGACUACACGCGCGUCUUCAAGCACACACCUCUGCUAUCUCGUCAUCGCAUCCCUCGGUCGUAUGUCGCUCUGUCUCCACAACUAUUGCCACAGUCCACCUUGGCGAAUUCCAAAAGAAAAUCCUGGAUGUGGAGAAGGCGAUUCUCGCGGAGGAUAGCGGAUACGUUGGGGGUUACGGGAUUGUGCCAUUGUCGACCAUAGUCGGAGAAUUUGCGCCAUGGACGCGACGCAUGGAAUGGCUGUGGGAGAUCGCUCGGUUCAUUCAGCCAGAGACAAAGAAAAUUGGCUGCAAGGGUGCAGAGCUCAUCGAUAAAUUGCGAGCCGAAUUACAAACGGGAUAUCUCGAUAUCAAAGAGAUGGCGGUACAGUUAGUGACCGCAGCAGAGACGGCGUGGAUGAAGCAGCUCUCAAUGUGGCUGUUGUACGGGAAUCUGCCGAUGUACGGCAAGGAAGACUUUUUAAUACAUGAGGAUGUCGACGGUGAGGACGACGAGACGCAGUUCAGCUUGCGUGCCGACUUGAUCCCGAAAUUCGUGCCACCUCAAACGGCAGCCUCGAUUCUAUUCAUUGGGAAGUCACUGAAUCACAUUCGCGCGAAACGGAAGAUCUCCACUAGGGGUGUGUCGACUGCGCCGGUGACUAUUCAUCAAGAGCACAUCGAACAGCUGGCCGGCUUGAAGUCGCCGAUCUCAUCUGCAAAAAUGUCGACCGCGGUUGACGGAAUUCGUCUUUCUCUAUCUCAGUCGACAUUAUCGAAGCUCCUGCCGCUUCCCCGGAUCCUCGAAAUCCUUACAUUACUCCAUGAUUUUCUUCUCCUGGGACGCGGUGAGUUUGCAGUCGCUCUGGUGUUGCAUGCAGAUGCUCGUAUAGAAGAAAAUCAUCGACGACGACCAGCUCCAGGCAGAGAGCUCGAGGGGCUUACUAUCAAAGAAGGCGAUGUGAUAACUGCUCUGGCCCACGCGUGGGCCGAGCUAGUUUCAUUGCAGAAUGAAGAUGAUCCGGCCGACGAGGAGCUGGACCUUGCGCGGGAUCUUCUUCGCCUCUCAAUAAGUGACCGUAAAAACGGACGUGCGAUGACCCCGUCGCAAGGGCCCAGUUCCGUGGCAGAAAUCUCUCGGGUCUCGUUUGAAGAUCUACUCUUCCCUACACCUACAUACCUAACCGCCCAAGUACGCGCCCCGCUGGAUUUGUUUCUGUCCACUUCCGAUAUUGCCAUCUACUCCAAAAUCCAUUCUUAUCUACUGGGCAUCCGGCGAGCUCAGAUACGGCUUGGGGACCUAUGGAAGCGCACUUCAUUGCGACGAACGCAUCCUUCUCCAUGGGGCCCCCCACGAAGCAACAGUGCUUUUGGCCAAAGUAAACUGAAGAUGAGCCGUGAGCGGGAUAAUGCCCGUAUCCGACAGAUGCGACCCGUGUGGGCUACGUGCAGUGCCUGUCUGUUUGUCCUGUCAGAGAUUGGCAGCUUCUUUCAAGGCGAGGUGGUGAAUGAGUCCUGGCAAGAUCUGCGUGAGUGGAUUGAGGGAGAUUCGUCGGCAUCACCAUCUGGUUCUCGGCCAGGUACAGCAUCGUCCUCCAAAUCUGCGCCGCCUUCCAUGGGUCGCCAUGAUCCCGAAGCACUUACCGUCGCGCACCGUCGCCAUUUGUCUUCUCUGGUCGAGUCCCUGUUCCUGACUGAGGUACCCUUCACCGCGGCCCUGCGCGCUCUGCUGACCAGCAUCGACCGGUUUGUUGCGCUCGCCAUCCGCCUGGAGACUAUCCAACGCAACAUGGACCUGGAGAUGGACGAAGGCGUCGUGGACGCACUGGUGGACUACGGACAAGAAGAGCGCGAAGUUUGGCACGAGCUGCGGACUACUCGCACCGCCGCCGAGACCGGGCUCCAAGACCUCGUCGCAAGACUGCAAGAAAUCGACGACAGCCGCUCAGGGGAUAACCGGCGCACCGUGCACCUGUCCGGUCCCGGGCCGGACUUUUGUCACUAUGAGCCGCGCAAGCCGGCAGGCGUGGAUCGGUUGUUGAUGAAACUGGACUUUGGCCGCGGACGCCGGGACCUGGGCCUUGAGACGGCAGCAGCGGGGUUUGCAUAA